UCAGAGUGCACAGGGAAUGGAGAAGAAUAGAGACCUUUCUUUCUGAUGGAUUGAACGUUUGACUUUGCUUUUUUUAAAAAAAAAAGGCAAUUCCGUUGCUUUAGAUUAAGGGUUGAUGCAUCUUUUGAUGUAGGCGCAAAACAAUAUACAAAUAGUGUUUGAGCGUUAAGGAGUUAAAAACACCCUGUACCAUUAUUCUCUUCAGCGGUUUCACUAACUAUUGGUGCAGACAAGUGGAUCACUUGAGUUCAGCCAAUGUUGAUCAGACAGCUGAUGUCAGAGGUAUUUGUGGCUCUGAAGCAGCAUAAGAAUGCUCUUUUUGACUCGAAUCAACGAUUUCACCGUUUUUUAAAAUCCCAUCUUGAUUAUACUCAAGCAGCCAAUUGCCAAGUUGGAAAAGAAAAAGUCUGUUUGACAAAAGUUACUUGUGGAUGUUGCAAACAGCAUUGACCGGAUGUAUUUGCCUAUCCUCGUGAUUUCCAGCUGGGGAAACAAAUGCGGUUUGAACGUAGAAAAGUCAAUACCGACGGUUUAGAAACUUAACUGAAUUUCUCGCCUUGACAUGUCACCCAGUUAGUCAUUAAACAAGUGAAAAGUGGCAAUAUUGGAUUUAACUUUUUUCUCUUUUUAAAAAAAAGUGUUCACAUUUUUCAUGAGCAGUUUAGAAACGUGUCUUCUCUCCAAUGAAACCAUAGAGGUGGUCAGCAUAGUUUUUAGAAGGUUGUAUGUGUGCGUGUGUUAGUGAACAGGACACCUAUUUCUUCUGCCUCUGAUCAGAGUGUUCGCUUUUUCUUGGCUUCCUGGGGUUUGUUCAAUUCUCCCUCUUGUGGCCGUCCUGCUCAGUUCAGUGUCUGUCUGAAAACCCUCUCGCUUUCUCAACCUAUGUCAUUGCCGACGCCUUCCUUUUAAAAUAAACCCCUCCAGCCCCGAGUACCUGGUGUGGACAAGUGGAUUCUGGAUCUACCAUCUCUGAUUUAAAACUCGACAGUGACCCGUUCGUGAUGAAUGCAGAUAUGGAAGGUCAAUAGUGAACCAAAUCAGCAAGUACGAGAGAUGACCAACACUGACUGGAGGAGCGCUUCUCCAGUUCUCUCUGUUCCAUUUAUGGUAGUGAUUUCUCUGAUCACCACUGGGCAUAUCGAGGUGAUUAACCCUGAGAAUGAAGUAGAAUUAGAAGAGAAGACACGACUGAUUAACCAAGUGUUGGAACUUCAGCACACUUUAGAAGAGCUGUCUGCACGUGUAGAUGCUGUAAAAGAAGAGAACCUUAAACUAAAGUCUGAAAAUCAAGUCCUUGGGCAAUAUAUAGAAAAUCUCAUGUCAGCUUCUAGUGUUUUCCAGACAACAGACACAAAAAGCAAACGAAAGUAACAGCUAGUUGAUUUGAUCAUCAGAUUUUAAACUGUAUAUACAUGCUCUGUCUUAUAAUGUCUUCAUCUGCUUCAAUUUCUUAAACAUUUGGCUAACUAAAUUUGACUAGUGUUGAUUUAAUACAUUUCUAAAAUUUGUUCCUUUUUUCUUUUAACCUGAAUUCCUUCAAGGACAAAAUUUUAGGAAACUUUAUUGAGCAUAGUUCUUGCCCUUGUUAACAGGUUUACAUUUAGUAAUAUGUUAUAGCGUAAUCCUUCAAACUUGUAUAUUAGUAUUAUGCACAUUGGACUUUAUUUUGAGAGUAUAGCCUAUAAAGGCAUGCUGUAGCUUCCAUAAUGUCCUGGGACUUCAGCACAAUUCACAUGUUGUCCCCAGUUUAACCUGAUUGAGUUAUAAAGCAUAAUUUAGAUUAAGGGGGAAAAAGUGCAAUGUAAUGGUAACACUAGUAAAAGGGAUAUGUCUAAAACUUUGUAUAUGCUGAACUGUAAAUGCUACCUGUGUGUACAGCGAUGUAGUUGUCGUCCUACAUUUUUGUUAUGUAUUUGCUAUAAUAAAAUAGUUUUUGUAACUGCAAA